UACCUAUAUUUAAAAAAAAUGUGCGUUUAACUUUUUAAAAUAAAAGGAAACUUGAUCAAACACAGGCUGGAAUGCAAAAGAAAAACCCUCGAGAGGUCCAAACGUUUUCUUAACGCAUGGGAUUUAUUGUGCAAAAUGUGUUGCAAAAUUAAGGCUCUUCGAGCAAAGACAAACACGUACAUAAAAACCCCUGUUCGAGGUGAGGAACCUGUAUUUAUUGUCACUGGGAGAAAGGAGGAUGUAGCCAUGGCCAAAAGAGAGAUUCUUUCUGCAGCAGAACAUUUCUCAAUGAUCCGAGCAUCUCGCAACAAAACAAACGGACUAGCAGGAGCUGUGGCAGGACCUCCAAACCUGCCAGGGCAGACAACAAUCCAGGUGCGUGUGCCUUAUCGUGUGGUGGGGCUUGUGGUAGGACCCAAAGGAGCUACCAUAAAAAGAAUUCAGCAAACAACUCAUACAUACAUAGUCACUCCAAGUCGUGACAAAGAACCAGUCUUUGAGGUCACAGGCAUGCCAGAAAAUGUGGAUCGGGCCAGAGAGGAAAUUGAGGCUCAUAUUUCAAUGAGAACUGGAGUGCUUAUCGACUUAACUGCAGACAAUGACUUUCACUCCAAUGGGACUGAUGUAAGCUUAGAUGGCAUCGGCACUACUGGAAGCCUGUGGUCCAAGGCCCCCAAUCCAGCCCGCAGACCUGCUGCUAGCUUUCGAAAUGACAGCCUAAGUUCUUUGGGAAGUACUUCUACUGAUUCUUAUUACAGCAAUAGAUUAGCAGAUACCAGUCCAACAAGUCCAUUCAGUACAGGCAGUGGUGGCUUCACAUUUGGGGAAUCACUUACCUCUGUCAAUUCAGAUGAGCGUGAUGUGGGCUUGGAGUAUCCAGCAAUUGAUUGUCUUAGUGGGCCUCACAGCAUGAUAUGGUCUCCAUUUGAGCAUGGCAAUCCUAUUCAAGCCUUUAAUGGUAGCUCAUCUGUCCAAAGACGCACUAACAGCAUUAGUGGCUCUUCCACUCUCCGUGUAUCGCCCACCAUUUCUGAUGGUAGUGCCCUUGACCAUCCGCUGGCUAGGCGUGUGCAAAGUGACCCUUUAGCUAAUUUAGCGUGGCUACCCAACCAGACAUCCCUGUCUGCCUUUUCUAACAGCCCAGGCUAUUCAUCGUCUUCACUCCCUGGGAGUACCUCAGCAACAUCUGGCUCUCCCACAGACUCAAGUGGUUCUGAAAGCAGGCCGAAAAACAACCGUGACUGUGUAGUUUGCCGUGAGAGCGAAGUGAUUGCAGCGCUUGUUCCUUGUGGUCACAAUUACUUCUGCAUGGAGUGUGCCAACCGCAUAUGUGAGAAAGCCGAGCCCAAGUGCCCUGUCUGCCAAAAACCAGCAUCACAGGCCAUUCGUAUAUUUUCUUAGCGGCAUCAUGUCCUAGCAAGUACUGCAGGCAACACAAAGAACAGAAUAACCGCUGUACAAUAUACCCUAGACAAACCUUAUUUUAUUUCGACUGGAAGACUAUAUUUCCUAGAGGAGAUGUUUACAAAUUAGCUUUAAUUUUAACCCAGUCAUCAUUGGCAAUUUUGGAAUAAGUUAGAUAUUGUUGAGCAGUUGUAACCACAUGUGCUGAUUGUGUACUGCUUGUCAAAGUUACUAUGACAGUAUUCAGUUAGAUUUAAAUAAAGGAAAGGUCCGCCGCACUUUGCAGAUAUGAGUUUUUAAAAUUUCUACCUAGCAUUUUAUUUUUUAAUGCAUAGAAUAUAUCUUGUACACAUAGCUGAGAAAAGCCGAGUGGUUGUAUGUUUUAUAACACCAGAGUUUAAUUGUGACAGCACCAGUACAGAUUACUAAAUAUUCAAGUUUUAUCAUUUGUUUACCUCUUACUAUGUAUAUGUAGGGAAUUUAUAGGACUGAAAAUGUACUUUAUUUGAAUAAAUUUUAAAAACUAAAUAUAUUUUAUUUUAAGAUAAUGGACCUUUAACCUUACAUGGCUAAAGUACUGAUAUAUAUUUGCUGAACUGACUUGACGGUAUGAAAUUGUAUUAAGAGUUUUAUUUUUUGACUUAAACCUUCUUAAUAAAAACUUUUUACAGUA